CAGAGGUUUCUGCCUUGCAUAUAUAUUAGCAUGGCAAAGAAGAUUGUGUCACUGCCAGUACUGCUGCUGAUAGUGUAUGGCAUAAGUGUUUCAGCUUUGGCACAAGUCUGCAGACUGCUGAGUCAGCCUGCACUCCCUCUACUUUCUGCAGAAAGAGACAUCAACAUUGGGGCAAUAUUCUCAAUCCACAUUAGUGCUCUGCUAAAGAUGCAUUCUUUUACUUUCAAGCCAGAGUCAACUGCAUGCAUCAGCUUAAGUUUGCGUGAGUUUAAAUUUGCUCAAACACUGAUUUUUGCCAUCGAAGAGAUUAAUAACAACACACAGCUAUUGCCUGGUGUGUCUUUGGGCUAUAAGAUAUAUGAUUCAUGUGGCUCAAUAGCUCAAGCUAUAUUCUCAGGCAUGGCUUUGAUGAAUGGUUAUGAAGAAACUUUGAGCGAUACAUCCUGCUCUAGACCACCAGCUGUUAAUGCCAUUGUAGGAGAGUCAAACUCCUCUCCCACCAUAGCCUUGGCUUCUAUAGCUGGUCCAUUCAGUUUACCUGUUAUCAGUCACUUUGCCACAUGUGCCUGCUUGAGUAACAGAAAAAGGUAUGCAUCCUUCUUUAGAACGAUCCCCAGUGACUAUUACCAAAGCAGAGCACUGGCUCAGCUUGUUAAGCACUUUGGCUGGACCUGGGUUGGUACAGUCAGGAGUCGCAGUGAUUAUGGCAAUAAUGGCAUUGCAACAUUCGAGGAAGCAGCAAAAAAAGAGGGGAUUUGUAUUGAAUACUCAGAGGCCAUAUUAAGAACUGAUCCACAAGAUCAAUUUCUGAAGACAGUAGAAGUGAUAAAGAAGGGCACUGCGAGGGUUGUGUUAGCUUUUGUUGCAUUAAGAGAUUUUUACCCACUUUUAAAAGAAAUUGCGCAACAAAACAUUACAGGGCUGCAGUGGGUUGGCAGUGAAUCUUGGAUAACAUCCCGAACUGUAGCAGAAACAAAGGAAUAUAGUUUCCUUUCUGGAGCUGUGGGCUUUUCUAUAGCAAAUGUCAAACUUGUGGGCCUACUAGAUUUUCUAGUGAAUGUGCACCCUGAUCAUGAACCGAAAAAUAAACUUUUAAAAGAAUUCUGGGAAACAACAUUCCAGUGCUCUUUUAAUAACAGAGGAAGCGUUGGGUGUACUGGCUCAGAGAAACUAGCAAACUUACAAAAUGAAUAUACUGAUGCCUCAGAGCUACGGAUAGCCAAUAAAGUGUACACAGCAGUGUAUGCUGUUGCACAUACACUACACAAUAUAUUUCAAGACUUCAAAUCAGCCAACAGGAGCAAAUUAAAACAACCAACACCUCAAAUGGUACUGAACUAUAUGAAAGAUGUAAGAUUCACUGUCAAAACAGGUGAAGAAAUAUUUUUUGAUACAAGUGGUGAUCCAGUGGCAAGAUAUGAUCUUGUGAACUGGCAACCUUCUGGGGAUGGAAGUCUGCAGUUUAAAAAUGUGGGCAUCUAUGACAGUUCACUUCCUUCAGAGAAAUGUCUUCAGGUUAAUCAGGAACAUGUGCUAUGGGCAGAUAACAGUAGACAGUUGCCUGUAUCCGUGUGCAGUGAGAGCUGCCCCCUUGGAACUAGGAAGGCUGUGCAAAAAGGAAGACCGGUCUGCUGUUUUGAUUGUAUUCCAUGUGCAGAUGGAGAAAUAAGUAACAACACUGACUCUAGUGACUGCUCUCCUUGUGAUGAGGAGUACUGGUCAAAUGAAAGAAAAGAAAAAUGUGUGUUAAAAGUGAUCGAAUUCCUCUCUUAUACUGAAAUCAUGGGGAUGGUGCUUUGUAUAUUCUCCUUUAUUGGAUUGUUAUUAACAGCAAUGGUAUCUUUUUUGUUCUAUCUUCACAAAGAAACACCUAUUGUCAGAGCCAACAACUCAGAACUGAGCUUCCUGCUGCUCUUCUCACUCUCACUGUGUUUUCUUUGUUCACUCACUUUCAUUGGUCGUCCCACUGAGUGGUCCUGUAUGUUGCGUCACACAGCAUUUGGGAUCACUUUUGUCCUCUGUAUUUCCUGUGUUCUGGGGAAAACAAUAGUGGUGUUAAUGGCCUUCAGGGCUACACUUCCGGGAAGUAAUGUCAUGAAAUGGUUUGGGCCUACACAACAACGACUCAGUGUUGUUUUUUUAACAUUAAUACAGGUGAUUAUCUGUGUUGUUUGGUUAACUGUCUCUCCUCCAUUCCCAUAUAAGAAUUUGAGCUAUUACAGAGAAAAGAUCAUCCUGGAAUGUAAUUUGGGUUCAGCUUUGGGAUUUUGGGCCGUUCUGGGUUAUACUGGCCUGCUAUCUGUCUUGUGUUUUAUUUUAGCUUUUCUUGCUCGUAAACUCCCUGAUAACUUCAAUGAAGCCAAGUUCAUCACAUUUAGUAUGCUCAUAUUUUGUGCUGUUUGGCUCACAUUCAUUCCAGCUUAUGUCAGCUCUCCUGGAAAAUUCACAGUAGCAGUGGAGAUAUUUGCUAUCUUAUCUUCAAGUUUUGGUUUACUAUUUUGCAUAUUUGCUCCGAAAUGUUACAUAAUUUUACUCAAACCAGAAAAAAACACAAAGAAACAAAUGAUGGGAAAGUCGUCUUCUAAAACUAUUUAAAAUCAUACAAGUAAACAACAUUUUCUGUCUUGUGGUUAGCAUUCUUAUUUUCAACAUAAUACUUGUUGAUUGUUUUCUUUCUUUAUUUAAACUAAGAGGGCACAUUGAAACCAUGUAGACAUGUCAUAACACAACAGAUGUAGUAUGAUUUGAUACAUUCAUCCAACAAACCAACCUUUCCAUUUAGAGAUUAGUUUUUUAAUAAUCCUUAAAUAAAAUUAUUUUGAAAAAACAUAAUGUAAUUUUUCAAAUCAAACAAUAUAGUAUAGAAGAAUUGUUGACAUUUUUGCAGAUUUAUAAAAAAUAAAUAAAUAAAUACACAAACUGAAAUAUCACAUUGUACAAAAUAUUCAGACCCUUUUGUCAGUUUUAAGUAGUAGCACCCUUUUAAUGAGCUAUACAUUUUUUGAGGGAAAGGUGCAAUAUGUUUUUUACACCUAGAUUUAGGGAUCCCCUGCCAUUUGUUUUUGCAGAUUCUCUUCAGCUCUGUCAGGUUGGAUGGUACAUGUUGAUGGACAGCCAUUUUUAGAUCUCUCCAGAGAUGCUCAAUUGUGUUUCGAUCAGGGCUCUGUUUGGGCCAUUCAGUCACGGAGUUGUUGUGAAGCUACUCCUUCAGUCGGCUUCUCUGAUCAUAACGUGGUACACCUCCUCCCAGUAUAUAAAUCUGUGCUGAGGAGGGAGAAGGUGCGGAAGAGGGAAAUUAAAGUAUGGUCAGAGGACAAUUCACUGGCCCUUCAGGGUUGUUUCGAUUGUACAGACUGGUCCGUUUUUAAAGAGACAUCUGAAAGUAUUGAUGAACUUACAGAAGUAGUGUGUGAUUACAUAUCUUUUUGCACAGAUAUGAUUAUCCCUCACAAAACUGUUAUUGACUUUCCAAAUAACAAACCUUGGCUGUCAAAUGACACAAAAUCUCUCCUGCAAAGUAAACAUAAAUAUUUUAAACAGGGUGAUAUGAGCUCAGUUAAGCAAUUAAAAAAGGCAGUGAGAGUGCAAAUAAACAAGGAUAAAAUUAGGUAUAAGGACAAAAUUGAGAAACAGCUGAGCAGUAAUAAUUUAAGAUCAGCCUGGCAAGGGGUGAAGGCAAUGGCUGGGUGUAAAGAAGAUAGAGGGGGCAGUGAAAUCAAUUUAAAUGGUUUUAGUUCUGCGAGAGAGUUUGCUGAGGAACUAAAUACAUUUUACUUAAGGUUUGAUGAGGAUGAUUUUAAGUCAGAAAAUGACAAUUUAAAACAACAUCUGUCAUGUAGUAACUCCGUAAACAUUAGUAGAAUUCAGGUCAAAGGCCUCCUUCAGAGAACUAAUACUAAAAAAAGUCCGGGUCCUGACAAUAUUGGUGGUAGGGUGCUACAUACGUGUGCGGAACAGCUUUCUGAAAUAUUUCAUUACAUUUUUUCACAGUCUCUUAUGCUACAAAGGGUCCCUGAAAUCUGGAAGAAAUCUGUUAUUGUUCCUAUAGCUAAAACCAAGUUUCCCCGAGAGUUAAAUGAUUUUAGACCUGUUGCUCUUACUUCAUUAGUCAUGAAGUGUUUUGAGAGAUUUAUUAAAGGUGAGAUUUUAUUGCAGUCAAAGGAUAAAUUUGAUCCAUUGCAGUUUGCUUUUAGACAGAGCAGGGGAGUUGAAGAUGCCAAUCUUACAAUGUUAAAUUACCUGUUUAAUCACCUGGAAAAGCCUAAGACUCAUGCCAGAUUGUUGUUUAUUGAUUUCUCUUCUGCUUUUAAUACUAUGAAGCCACAUUUGUUGGUGGAGAAAUUAAUUUCUCUUUUUAACUUGGAUCUUAAUAUUUGUGGAUGGAUUCUUGAUUUUUUAGUUGGACGUCAACAGUGUGUCAGAGUUAAUGGUGCUCUUUCUGACUUCCAGUUUUGUUCCACUGGGUCACCCCAAGGUUGCUGCCUCUCACCUCUUUUGUUCAUCAUGUAUACUAAUGACUGUCGUAGUAUUCACAGGGAUUGUCAUAUCAUUAAAUAUGCAGAUGAUUCUGUGAUUGUAAGUCUCCUCCACGAUCAGGAUUUGGGGCAUGGUCCUGCUGUGCAGGAGUUUACUUCCUGGUGUGAUAGAUUUUCUCUCCAGUUGAAUGCAAGUAAAACAAAAGAUAUGGUGAUAGAUUACAGGAAGGCUUCUCCAACCCCAAACAUAACUAAUAUCAAAGGCUUGGACAUUGAAAUUGUUGACACACAUAAAUAUCUAGGGGUUGUUAUUGAUAAUAUGUUGACAUUUCAACCUAACACCCAGGCUGUAUAUAAAAAAGUCCAACAAAGACUGUUUUUUCUGAGGAAACUUAGAUCAUUUCAGGUUUCUACCUCUAUGAUGACGCUGUUUUAUAAACAAUUUAUCGAAUCUGUUUUAUCUUUUUGCAUUGUAGCUUGGUACGGCAAUCUGAGUGUGUCAAGCAAGAACAGGUUGAGCAGCCUGGUGAAGGUGGCAGGCAAGAUCAUUGGUUUUAAUCAGACUGGUCUAAUGGUAAUCUACCAAAAUCAUGUACUAAGGAGAGCUCAGGGUAUCCUAUGCACCCCGGAUCACCCACUGUACUCUGUAUUUCAGCUGUUGCCAUCAGGACGUCGUUUUAGGGUUCCUAUUUGCAGGACAAAUAGAACCAGAAAUUCUUUUAUAAUGGUGGCCAUUAGGUCAUUAAAUGAGUCCAGGGGGGAGGGGGAUGUUUCUAUAUAUUGAUGUAUGGAUGUUGUAUAGUAGUAUAUUUUUAUUUUUUUAUUUAUUUAUUUAUUUAUUUAUUUAUUUUUUUAUUUAUUUAUUUUUUUUUUAAUGUGUACAUGGAACUUCGCCUGUGUAUGGUACCUUGUUGCAAUUUAGUUUCCCUAACGGGAUAAUAAAGCUGAGUCUGAGUCUGA